AUUCUGAAAAUACUCUUUGAUAAACCUUCAGCUAGAACGCACAUUAGAUGACAGGAAGGUUACUGGAUCAAAACCUAAUUUUUGAAGCAAUAUAUGACAGCUUUCUAUCCAAGAAGCCUUAGAGAGCGAUUGCAGUUGCUCUGCCACACAUAGCUUGACACACCUGGGAUUUUUCCUUUUUUCUCUCAUCCUGCCAGACCAACAUUUCCCUACUUCCCACCCAGGGUGCCCCCAUCAAACUACGGUUUCCAGGAUUCGGGGUGUGGGGUUGGGAGCCAUUACCAUUUCAAGUGUAUGAUACUGUCUUAAAUGUAUAGCACAGGUGGCCCUCAGUUUGGGUGCUUCCUUGCCAGUGUGUACAUUGACCCGUUAUUGUGUUAUUAUUUACUCAACCUUGGGGUGCACCUGUUCCCAGGUGAAUAAGGGAGCUGAAAGCACAGGUGCAUUUGCAACAAUACGCUGAGCUGCCAGUUGCUGAUUCGUAUUUCAUUCAAAGCAGUGACCUUUUGAACCAUUAUCCUGGGGAGUUGUUUUUUUUCUUCCAGCUGAGGGGGGCUGUUGUUCUCAACAGACCAAGCAGCAAUUUUACCAUUCCAUCUUGCAGGACAUUCAAUAGAUCUUUGGUUACUGCCGCCUCCCAACCUUGUCUGGAAGGUGGGUUUACCUCUGCCAGCAAGGUGACUACUCUGCAAGAUGUCAGAAUGGUGCGGUUCCAUUACCAAAAGCGCAAGAGGAAGGUGCAACGCUGCUGCAUUUGCUUCGUGGAAGUCCUCAGUGGAUUCCUCCUCUUGUUGCUGGUUGCGACUGUCUUCACUCUCCUGCGUUGUUUUCUAGAGUUCUCCGAUCUUACAUUAGCAAACACUGGGAGUAAGGCAGAGCUCUUGAGGAAUUCAACCACACCUACGAGAGGCCUCGCGUUUCUCAGGACUGUCCCUCACACCUCAACCGUGAAUGAGAUCACUUCUCAGCAGCCCACAGUAUCCCUGAAGUCGGUGUCACCUCAGGCCUCGUCUCAGAGCAAGAUGGGUUCUCCUCCGUCAACCACUGAGAAGUCAAAUUCAGAGACUUCAUUGCCGCCAUUAAUUUCAGUGAGGCAAGGUAGUUCGCCACAGCAGCCCGCCUUAAGCACGAAACUGAGGUCCACUCAGCAGGACCUGCUCAUACAAUGGAUGCCUCCACAGCAGCUUACCUUGGCUGCAGAACCAUCGCUUCAAUCAACCACGACUACAAAACUGGAAUCUCCUCACCAGCCAAUUUCGGAUGUGAAGCCGGUGAUGCCUCAACAUAGCCCCUCAGCAAUGGAGGAGUCUUCUGGACAACUAAUAACCCCAGCCACCAAGUGGCCUUCUCCUACCCAGCUAAGUUCAGCCACAAAACAGAAGUUUGUAACUCUUCCAAUUGCAACUGUGCAGCCGAUGCCACAGCACCUAACCAAAACUGCAACCUCCGCUUCUCUGCUGUGGUUAGCUGCUACCACAAAGCUGAGAUCUCCUCAGAUCUCCUCAGCCAUGCCAUCUUCUCCGCCACAGCUAACCCAAUUCACCAGUCUGCCACCUUUGCAGCAGCUGACCACAGCCAUGAAAGGAACAACUUCCACCACGAAAUCCAGUUUUUUACUUCAGUUGAUGACAAGCUACGGAGUCUCGACUUUGGAAAGUUCCAGCAGUGAGGCCACAAAGCUGGAAUAUAUGAUCAACAACACGUUUGCUAAGGGUGCGUUAAACCUGCAAUAUCGAAGGUCGUCCACCCUGGAAUUGAAGCCUGUCCCCAAAUCCAGAACCUCAGAGCCACCAAGUUUUCGCAGAGGCACCCAAGCAUCAAAACUGAGCCCCAACGUGACCCAGGAAAUGAAGCGUGAAACUCACAAUGAAACGGGAGUCCUGGUGGAUGCAGAGAACAUACAUAUUGAAGAUUACAGUGGAUUCUGUUUGUUGAAACCGUCAUUGCUGUCCGUUAAUGGUGUGGGUGACAACGCAGACACCCAGAAGGAUCACAAAAGCAACUGGGGUGGCAAAGAUCUGCAAAAGAAGGGAAAAUGGCCUUGGGCAGCCACUGUCCUGAAAGGCGGAGAGCCCAUUUGUGCAGGAAGCCUGAUUGCAGAAAACUGGGUGCUGAGCGCCAGGAGCUGUGUAGAAUCUGGAAACAUCUCCUUGUACUCUGUAAAGCUCGCCUCAGCAGAGCAGGCUUCUUCAGAUGAGCUAUAUCCAGUUGCCAAGAUCACCUCUCGCUCGUCGGGUGCGCAGGAUGAUGUCGCAUUAGUCCAGCUGGCAAAGCUGGCACCCGUCACAUCGACCACCCGUCCCAUUUGCCUUCCUGACCCGCUCCACGUUGUACCACCUGGGACUGGGUGCUGGGCGAUAGGAUCAAAGGAACGGGGUGCUGACCCUGACAUCCUUCAGUGGACCAUGACCUCCAUGGACAGCUGCAUCCCCACCUCUUCCUUGGUCUCCACCUGUGCACAGCCAUCCAACCUCGAAAAGAACCCUCAGCUGAGUAAAGGAGGGCUUUUUGUCUGCCCGGGAGAGGACGGGCAGCUUUACCUGGAGGGAAUCUUUACAUCUUCAGUGGAAAGUCAAAGCAAAGGAAAGGAGAUCAGCCAAUCAGCCACCUUUGUGCGUGUCGCCCCUUUAGUUCCAUGGAUCAGCUCUCAACUGCUCCCGAGAAGGGGCAUGGGAGUCCUCGGCUAGAGCAGGACCCUCUGGGCUCCUUGUGAUUGGGGUGUGUCAAGGACCACGUGUGUGUUCACAGAAGUAGAGUUGGAAAGGACCCCAAGAGUCAUCUAGCCCAAAGCCCUGCAAUGCAGGAAACGCAACUAAAGCAUCCCUGACAGAUGGCUAUCCAAGCUUUGCUUACAAACCUCCAAGGAGAGUCCACCACCUUUGAAGGGAGUCUGUUCCACUGUUAAGUUCUUACUGUCAGAAAGUUCUUUCAAAUGUUUAGUCAGAAUCUCAUUUCUUCUCACUUGAAGCCAUUGGUUUAUGUCCUACCCCCCUGGAGAAGGAUAAAACAAGCUUGCUCUCUCUUCCAUGUGACAGCUCUGUAGAUAUCUGAAGCUGGCUAUCAUACCUAUUAGUCUCCUCUUUGGCAGGCUAAACAUUCAAAGCUUGCUCCAUACAGCCAGCAAGAUUUUGUUCAAUGGGAGACUGUGGGGUGAGCUUCCUAUUUUUUAGAUCAGCUUCCCCCAAGCCUGGUAGCUUUCCAGAUGUUAUUGGACUACAACUUCCAUCCUCCCUCCCUGGUGACCAUGUCAGGUGAGGCUGAUGGGUCCAUCAUCAUCUGGAGGGCUGCAGGCAAUCCCCACCCCUGCUGUACAGUGUCCACACAGAGGCCCAGUUUCUGGGGAACACGAGGCAAAGGCUACUGGACUCGGGUCCUGCUUGUGGGAUCCCCAGAAUCAUCUUGUUGGGCAGGGUGAGCAGCAGGAUGAACCUGACCUUUUAUAUAGGCAUUUGGAUCCUAGCCUUUGAAAGCAUUUCUUAUAGAUUGUAUUUUAUUAAGUCUAUAGAUUUCCAUAUCCUCUCUCAUGUGAGUGAUUUUAGAUAGUUCUUCUGUAGAAGCAGCUACUUUGCAUGGCUAGACUUUUAUUUUAUCUUUUACCAUGGUGGGUUUUCCAGUUCACUGAUAGUUGUUCAGAAAGCUACUUGAAAGGUCUUUUGGCAGAAAAUGAGGCCUAUAAAUAAAGUAAGGAGACUUCAGUGGUUUUGUGCGUUCUCU